AUGGAAGAGAAAAACAAUGGCAUUUUUACACAAGGCGAUUUAAAAGAAAAACGCAGAAAAGAGAGGAUCCCUGAUAUCAGUUUUGACGUAGAUGGCGAUGGGUCAGUUAGUCCUCUUGAUUAUUUUAUUGCUAAAAGAUAUGAUAAAAAUCAAGAUGGGAAGCUUGAUGCAAAAGAAAAGAUUCUGGCUCAAGAGUUCAUGAACAAGGACCUUAAGAAUUUCCUGAUAGGAGGCGAAACUCAUGGAGCCCAAAGGCCUCUUCGGCUGCUGCAAGUCAAAGGAAAACCGAUUUACGAUAACGACUACACUGUCAUAACAGAUGCAAAAAAAAGUCCUGGAAGAACUAAAAGUGAGCUUGAAAAACUCAGAAAGCAAGAAAGAAUUGACAUCGCAUCAAAAUUCGCAGAGAAACACAUUAAGUUCAAAAAACAAAUUUUGGAGUUUGAGAGAAAAGAAAAUCGCGAAAAUUUGAGCUCAAGGAGAAUAAAAAUUUUAAAAACAGAUACUCGUGAAAAUGCUAGCAGGAGAGAUCAUAGGAAAAGGGACUUGAGCCUAGAUUAUUAUCCCUGCCCAAAGUAUCUUUCAAAAUCUGAACUGGAUUCGGUAAGAAGACAGCAGAAUAUUGAUGAUCUUGAAAGAUCGUUCAAUUAUAAGCAUAAAAGCUGAAUUGAUCAAAUGCUGGAAAGGGAAAACUCAAUGCAGAUCAAUGAAAAACAGAUGAACAGCAAAAGCUUCAAAGAAAUCAUAGAAAAACAGAAAAAAGAAGACUUCGAGCAUCACGCUCAGACUUUCGUUAAUUACAAACUGGGAGUUCAUGGAAAAGAAUUGCCGAGUUUCAGUGAAAAUUGUAAAGAGUAUUGAGAAUUUUCUCAAGGGUAUACCCCCUCACCAACACACACCACUUUGUCCAAGCUGAAAAUGGACCGAAAGUUUAGCUCUCGGAAAUCUUCAUGUGUUUCAGAGAAUUCAAUGUCUUUUCCUCAACGAUUUCGCUCAGUAACACCUGAAAUUCCAUUAAAGCCCAAUGAAAUCUGGCCGAUCCCUGAAAAGCCCCCUAUCUCACCUGAUGAGAAAUCCCCAAUCAAAAGACCGGUUUUUAAGGAAAAAUUCAGUAAUUCCUUUUUAAGCAUGGUGAUGCCAAAUUCCAUUAUAAUCACAAACCGCAAUAAGCCAGACAGAAGUGCCUACAUCCGAAACAGAGCAAAAAGCGAGCUGAGAAGCUUGGAUAGCAAGAUAAUCCGAUCCAAAGGAUUUAUCUAA